AUAUUCAACUUGGCAAAAGAUUCUUAAGCUAAACGUUAAAGAUGGUGCAGAGGAAGCUGCUCUUAGCUGUUUGCUUUACUGUGUUGGGCCUGGCUGUGCGAGCCGAGGAUGAAGCUGAAGAUCUGAAGGCUGAAGCAACUGGCCAUUACGGUGGAGGAGGCUAUGGAGGAGGUGGAGGUUUAGGUGGUUAUGGAGGUUUUGGUGGAGGAGGUUUAGGUGGUUAUGGAGGUUUUGGUGGAGGAGGCGGAGGUUUUGGUGGUUAUGGAGGUUUUGGUGGCGGUGGCGGAGGAGUCCAACUUCUUGCUAUUCCAAUAAGUGUCGGAUAUGGUGGCGGUGGAUAUGGUGGCGGCGGAUAUGGUGGCGGCGGAUAUGGCGGCGGCGGCGGAUAUGGUGGUGGUAUUGGAGUGGGACUUGGAGGCAGAAGAUAUGGCAGAGGAGGAUAUGGUUGGUGGUGGGAUUAAAGGACAGGUACCAUUUUCUCAACACAGAUGAGAUGGAACUUCUACGCCUUCUCAGAAUCCUGAAUAUAAAUAUUACUUUUCAAGAUUAUGAUAUUUUCUAGACUGCUGUAUAUGAAAUUUUUGUAAAAAAAAACGAAACAAAUAAA